AUGGUUGUUGUGGCCUUGGCUGAUCAGGCCCCCUACCCCCCUCCUCAUGCCCCCAAUCAUCCUCCCCCACGGCCCUAUCACAGUGAACCAGACUACCCUGAUGUCCCACCCAAGUACACCUACAACUAUGGCGUCGCCGACGGCUACUCCGGCGUCAACCUCGGCCACUCGGAAGCCCGCGAUGGCUACAGGACCGAGGGCAGCUACAGCGUCGACCUCCCCGACGGCCGCAAGCAGAUCGUCAACUACGUGGACAACGGCGACGGUCUUGAAGCUGAGAUCACCUACGAGGGCGAGGCUCAGUAUCCCGAGCACACACCCACCUACAGGCCAGCUCUCUCCGCCUACCCUGCUCCCCAAGUAUAG